GCAACCGCAAUGAACAUCAUGUUGUUGGCAAGAUGGCCGCCUCCAUAGCACGCUAAGCAAAGCAUGAGCCGCGUUGGCUAUUGAGUUUUAUGUGGUGAUUGGCGGGGUCUCUGUGCUGCAAUGUCGAAGUCUGAAUUGAAAGAAAGCUACAAGGUUCAGUCGAAGUAUGACGCCUUCUAUACUGGACGAUUUGUUGACUGGCCCGGAAGCGGUGGUUACCUCUACUGUCAACAUGGUGCCAGUGUCAAGGUGCUCAACGUCGAAGACGGCAAAGUAUCAAAGUCCUUUGACUUGGGUGAGGACGAGGAUGUCACAGCCUUUGCUGUUAGCCAGGAUGAAACUACAUUAGCAGUAAGUGGAAGGAGUGGAUUGCUCCGUCAGUGGGACCUUGAAACAGAUGUCCUGGCCAGGACUUGGAAGUCUUUUCAUCAAGGCCCUGUAUCAUGUAUGGUGUUUGACUCGACAAGCACCCUUCUGGCAAGUGGCGGAUGUGAUUCCACUGUCAAGGUCUGGGACAUUAUCCGGCAGUACUGCACCCACCACCUACGAGGAGCACAAGGGGUUUUCAGCGUUGUCCGUUUUCACCCUGAUGCUCAAGUGGGCCGGCUGUUCGGAGCAGCUGAUGACUAUCACAUCCACGUCUGGGACCUGUCCAAAAGCACUCUGUUGGGCUCCCUCGAGGGUCAUUUCUCUGUUGUCACUGACCUACAGUUUCUAGACAAAGAAAGUAGGCUACUCAGCUCGAGCAGAGACAAAGUUGUUAUUCUCUGGGACAUUGUUGAGUUGACUUUGCUGAAAACUAUACCAGUCUAUGAGUCUAUCGAGUCUUUGAUCAUUGUGCCCGACUCUUCUCCAGUCAAGUUCAUCACAGCAGGAGAGAAAGGAUUACUACGGACAUGGAACUUGGACACAGGAGUCUGUGCACGAGAGCAGGACAAGGGGCCCUCUGACGAAGAGGCCAUCACACGACUGCUGCUGUGUCCAGAGCGCAAUGCUUUAGCUGUUGUUACCUAUGAUCACAACAUAGCUUUGCGGUCCUUGAAUAGUUUUGAUGUUGAGAGGCAGUUUGUUGGACAUAACGACGAGAUUUUGGACGUGCGAUUUCUAGGCAAAGAGGAACGGUUCCUGGCGGUGGCUACAAACAGCCCCCAUGUACGGAUAUUUGAGCGGGAGACAUUCAACUGCCAGCUCCUGAAGGGCCAUGCAGACACUGUGGUGGCCCUGGACACAUUUGCAUCUGAUCCCACUCUGCUGGCCACAGUCUCCAAGGACAACACGGUAAAGUUGUGGAGGCAGCAAGAUGAUGGCUACAUCGAGUGUCUCUUCACAGGAAAGGGGCACACACAAGGGAUUGGUGCCGUUGCUUGCUCUCGCCUUUCAGCCUCAUUCCUGGUGACAGGGUCCCAGGACACGACUUUAAAGCUGUGGGCCGUGCCCGAGCGACCAAGGCUGGUUGCCAUAGUGGACCCUUGUGCCGGUGCGCCGAUAACUUCCCGACUCACAGUCGCCGCACACGAGAAAGACAUCAACGGCCUGGCUAUUUCACCUAACGACCAACUGAUUGCCUCAGCAUCGCAGGACAAGACUGCCAAGUUGUGGAAUGCAGAUGACCUCAGCCUUCUGGGCACAUUCCGUGGACACCGCAGGGGGGUGUGGUGUGCCAGCUUCUCCCCUGUUGAUCAGGUGUUGGCCACAUCGUCUGCUGACACAACUAUCAAGCUUUGGUCUAUUUCCGACUUUUCUUGUGUCAAGACAUUUGAAGGUCAUGAAUGUUCUGUGCUGAAGGUAGUCUUUUUGGCUCAUGGGAUGCAGCUUCUUUCAAGUGGUGCUGAUGGCAACUUGAAGCUGUGGAAUGUGAAUGCCAAUGAGUGCGUGCAGACAUUGGACCAACAUGAGGACAAGGCUUGGGCACUCGCUGUCAGCUCUGACGAAUCUCUGCUCAUCACCGGUGCAGCUGACUCCACCAUUUUGGUCUGGAAGGAUUACACGUCAGAGGAGAGGCAGGAAGCUUUGGCAAAGCAGGAGGAAUUGAUUUUACAGGAGCAGCAGCUUAGCAACUUGCUCAAGGAAAAGAAGUGGACUAAGGCCUUGCAGCUCGCACUUAGACUUGAGCAUCCAUUCAGGGCACUGAACAUCAUCAAGGAGAUACUUCUGGAGGAUGCAUGUGAUGAGAAGCUGACAAAGGCCUUGUCACCGCUGAGGGAUGAUCAAAUAGACCUUCUGCUCAAGUUUGCAUCCACAUGGAACACAAACAGCAAGCACAGUGCAGCGGCCCAGGCAGUUCUCAAUGUUGUGCUCAAAUCGCACUCCCCAAAACAUCUGCUGGGUAUGCCCAACAGCCGUGCCAGCAUUGAAGCUUUCAUCCCCUACACAGAGCGGCACUUUCAGCGGAUAAGUAGACUCAAGCAGCAGGCAAUGUUCUUGGAGUACCUGUGGUGCAACAUGAAGCUUGCAGGACUCAACACAGGAGAGCCAAGACCUGAAUAAAGCAUACCUGAGCUGUUCAGAACAGUUGCUGUAUGUGAUCGAAGAUUAUAAAUAAAAUGUAUAUUUUAUAAAUAUUU